GAAGACAAAGUGAGCGGCGCCUGCAUGAGCUUUGCGGCUUUCUUGUCUUUUUCUUAGCAUUUUCCUAGUUUGCAGUUGCUAGCUUUGCGCUGUAUUAUUUGCGAUUAUUUUUUUCCCCUGUAACCGAUUGAACCAGGACCCCCCUCUCCGCUGAGGUAGCUUAGAUAUAUUUAGCUAACAUCUCGUCUUACCGCACAAAAUUUAUCCAGUCCUCGCCUUAAUUUACCCACAAUACUACAAGUGGGAAUUUUAAAUUAUUUUAUUUUCUAUUUAGGCCAGCGCAGGAUUUCUUGGAAAUAGCAUUUUGCUUCUUUGAAUUUGCAUUUUAGCGUUACAAUGGCGACUGCAACUUCGACUCCGGCCGGCCAAAGAAUAAGCACCCGCUCCACUGCCGCGAGCACUCCAUUGAGCCCCACGAGGAUAUCCAGGUUGCAGGAGAAAGAGGAGCUGAGCAACUUGAACGACCGCCUGGCCGUUUACAUCGACAAGGUCCGGAGCCUCGAGUCCGAGAACAGCGUCCUCCACCUGCAGAUAUCCGAGAAGGAAGAAGUGAGGAGCCGGGAGCUCACCGGCUUGAAAUCACUGUACGAGACGGAGCUGGCCGACACCAGGAGAUCCCUUGAUGACACUGCAAAGGAGCGCGCCAGGCUGCAGAUCGAACUGGGGAAGCUCAAGACCGAGCAUGAACAGUUACUGCAAAACUACGCGAAGAAGGAUGCCGACUUAGCUGGGACCCAGGCCCGGCUGAAGGACAUGGAGGCUGCCCUGAACAACAAGGAGGCCGUCCUGGCCACCGCACUGUCCGAGAAGAGUUCCCUGGAGGCCAGCGUGGUGGACCUACAGCAGCAGAUCCAUGAGCUGGAUGCAGGCCUGGCCUCGGCCAAGAAGCAGCUGGGCGAGGAGACCCUGCUGCGGGUGGACCUGGAGAACCGCUGCCAGAGCCUUGCCGAGGAGCUGGAGUUCAGAAAGCACAUGUUCGAGGAGGAGAUCAAUGAGACCCGGCGCAGGCACGAGACCCGCCUGGUGGAGGUGGACUCGGGCCGGCAGAUCGAGUACGAGUUCAAGCUGGCCCAGGCGCUGGCCGAGAUGCGGCAGCAGCACGACGAGCAGGUCAAGCUCUACAAGGACGAGAUGGAGCAGACCUACAUGGCCAAGCUGGAGAACACCCGGCUGUCCUCGGAGAUGAGCAGCUCGUCGGCCAGCAUGGCGCGGGAGGAGCUGAAGGAGUCCCGGCUGCGGGUGGAGAGCCUGGCGGCCCAGCUGGGCGCCCUGCAGAAGGAGACCCGCGGCUGGCAGGACCGGAUCAACGAGCUGGAGGCGGCGCUGGCCCAGGAGAGGGACGCCAGCCGCCGGUCGCUGGCCGAGAAGGAGCGCGAGAUCUCCGAGAUCCGCACCAAGAUGCAGCAGCAGCUGGACGAGUACGAGCAGCUGCUGGAUGUCAAGCUGGCCCUGGACAUGGAGAUCAACGCCUACAGGAAGCUGCUGGAGGGAGAGGAGGAGAGGCUGAAGCUCUCCCCCAGCCCCUCGUCCCGCGUCACCGUGUCCCGGGCCUCCUCCAGCCGCAGCGUACGCACCACGCGGGGCAAGCGCAAGCGCGUGGACGUGGAGGAGUCGGAGGCCAGCAGCUCCGUCAGCAUCGCCCACUCCGCCUCCGCCACCGGCAAUGUCUGCAUCGACGAGCUGGACGUGGACGGGAAGUUUAUCCGCCUGCACAACACCUCCGACCAGGAUCAGCCUAUGGGCGGGUUUGAGAUGACCAGAACCAUUGGAGAGACCUCUGCCACCUACAAGUUUACACCCAAAUAUGUCCUGAAAGCAGGACAGAAAGUCACGAUCUGGGCCUCCAACGCUGGUGUUAGCUCCAGCCCCCCCACCGACCUCAUCUGGAAGAACCAGAGCUCCUGGGGCACCGGAGAGGACAUCAAGGUUGUGCUGCUGAACCCGCAGGGCGAGGAGGUGGCUCAGAGGACCACUGUGUUCAAGACGGCCACAGAGGAAGAGCAGGGUGAGGAAGAGGAGGAGGAGGACGAGGGCGUGGAGGUCAUUGAAGAAGAUCUGUUUCACCAGCAGGGAGACCCACGUGCAGCCAAGCGAGGCUGUGCCAUCAUGUGACCUACCUCCCCCACACCUCCUUUACUCAACCAGUUUCAGCUGCCAACACAGAACUACACAACUAUUUUUGUAUCUUUUUUUUUUUUAGUUUGUAUUAUAAGCAACUUGUGUGACACUGUUUUUUUAUUUUAACAGUUUAAAAUGCAGAUGAUUGUAAACCACUUUGGAACAUUGCUUUUGUGAAAUAAAAAAAAAAACACUUUUUUUUUUUUUUUUUUAAUGAAUCAACUCUUGUGUGAACAGAGGUCAGUUAGUAGAGUAGCAGGGAAACUGAAUUCAUGACAGCAAGGCAGCUUGCAAUGUAAUUUACUCCCCCAGGUGCUGUGACUUUACUUUUUUAUGUAUAACAUUUUUUUUUUUUUAAGAUAGCAUUUUAAAGCCUUUAUAGUAAGCAUUUUAUAGUGGGUUUUUCUCUACAGGUAGUUGUUUAGAUGGGCAGGGUACAUACAUUUGAAUGUAGAUGAUACUUUUAUGUAAGACCGAAUAAAGUUUCAAAUUUGAAUAA